AAAAAAUAUUCUCUUUCUUGGGGUUCCAUUUUUAUUCGUUCGGACACUGUGAUAAUUCGGAAGGAUGUCCUUUCUGUUACCAGAGAUAUCCGUUGGACCGCCAUGCUAGCGCGCUCGAAUGAUCGGCCCUAGUUUACGAGAAUGUAACACGGUUCAGCGAUCACAUUCAUUCUCUGAGCAAUUCUAAUGUAUUAAGGUUCGGGCUUGGUUUACCGUGAAUAUUUUCCUCAUGUUUCUUCAUAUAUGGCGUCCCCACUUUUAUAUCUUGUGUCUGUGUUUACGAUCAUAGUGCUGGAUUUGCCCGUUCAAGGGAAAGUGGCAUUGACGGCCAUUGACACUGGGAUCGAGGUGUUAAAUCGCCAAGAUAGCCAGCAUGUGAUCGCACAGAAGAAUUGGAAGCUGCUUCUCAACUGUUCUGUGACUUCCAAAUAUGGUGCACCGACGAUAACCUGGCUGAAAAAUGGGGUUCCCCUCAACCUCGACAACCGGAUAUCGAAGGACAUCAACGGCUCGCUUUUCUUUAGGAAAGUGGUCAACAAACGUAGGAAAAACAUCACAGACGAGGGUCUGUACGAUUGUCUCGCCUCCAACUCGAAAGGAACGGUGCUGGCCCGCCGAGUCAAACUAGAAAUCAGUGGAAUUUCUGGGAAAUUUUCCCAGCAGCCCGAGGAUGAGACGGUAGAGGAAGGGGCGGUGGCUCGGUUCCAAUGUAAUAUCCGAGCUUCCCCGCCUCCCCUGUACACCUGGCUCAAAGACGACCAACAUCUCAACAAUGACGAUAGACAUUUAAUCAUUUCUACGGGUAUUCUACAAAUCUUGGAUGUGGGUCCGGAUGACGCCGGUCAGUAUUGGUGUACGGCCACUCCGGGGAAGCUCCACGAUCUCCCGGAUCAGGUGGACAGCAUAAAGUGGAAAAAGAGUAAUCCAGCCACGCUCACAGUCAAUCAAGGCUCGGGUAACCGACCCCUAGCUAUCAAAUCUGGACCGGUCAACACCACGGUACAGGAGGGUCAGUCUGUGGUCCUAGAAUGUCUGGUGGACGGAACUCCGGAGCCUCAGGUCACCUGGGAAAGGGAUGACGGUUCAGAUGCAACAAUGGCAGCAGUUAGGUACGGCUUCUCUAACCUGAAAAUCCUCCAGGUGACGACGGCCCACUCUGGUGUGUACAUCUGUAAGGCCAGGAGUGGGGGACGCACAGUGUCGGCCCGCGCCACACUCUCCGUACACACUCGCCCUGAGAUCACGAGGGGUCCACAGAGCGUAGAAAAUGUGCCAGCUCACAGUACCAGGUUUGAAUGCGUUGUCAAGGGCAACCCGCGCCCACGGGUACAGUGGUUGAGAAACGGAACAAGAAUCAAUCUAGCUGCCAAUUACCAGAUUAAAAACAACGAUCUGGUGAUUACGGGGACGGUCCCGCUGGACUCAGGAUACUACCAGUGCGUCGUCGAGAACAACGUUGACUAUGACAUGAGAACGGCCAGACUCCAGAUUGUACCAAUCGAUACGGCAGCACUGCCUCCGCAAGGAAUUAACGUACAGGUACUGUCGCCCACGGCGGUGUUCAUCUCCUGGGAGUCGAACAGUCAUAGACCGGUGUUGGCCUACUCGCUGCACAUCGUCAACCAAGAAACUAAGGAGAAACUGAACACCGAUGUCAUUCAGGGCGUAAACAAGGAGCGGGUGGAGAACCUACAGCCAGCCACUACCUACGAGAUCUCCGUGAGAGCCUACAACAAAUUCGGCGCCAGCGAUUUUUCGGAAGUCACAGUCAUCACUACAUUUGAGAAGGAACCUUCAGUUGCUCCGAUGAUUAGUAUCACCAAGACGACGGCCACCAGUAUCACACUUGAGUGGGACGAGUUGCCAAAGAAACAAAGAAACGGGGUCAUCGUUGGUUACAAAGUGUUUUACCAGAAGGAUGGAGAGACAGUGAUCCGGACAGACGAAGACAACAACGGUCAAAGUCGUUCCUUCGUCAUCAAAGGUCUGGAGCCGAACACUAAGUAUCGUAUCCGUGUGUUAGCUCGGACGAGGGUAGGAUAUCCUGAUCUCAAGGAAGACCGGUGGCCCUGGGUUCACGACAAGACACAACCUCGAUCCCGCCAAAACGACUCUGUUCCUGACCCACCCACCCUGACAGUUAUCUCCCUUAAUGCGUCAUCAGUAAACAUCACGUGGCACCAAUAUAUUCCUCGGGUCCCGGUCACCAUGUAUACAGUCAUUCUGAAGCGCCUCAAAGACUCUGAUCAGUCCCAACACCAGUACGAGGUUCAGCCCACCAAACAGAACCUCAUCCUCACCGAUCUGAUGAAUGAAACAUUUUAUCAAGUUUCACUGACGGUUUCAAACCAAUUUGGAGAAUCUGGAGCGGUGAUUGAGGAGUUUCUUACGUCGGAGAAUCCUCCCCCGCCUGCGCCAAUAAACCUCCACGCGACGUUUCUGGCGGCGCGCAUCAUCCGGGUCGAAUGGUCGCAACCCGAGUUUACCUCAGAAAUCCACUCCUAUAGCGUCCAGUACCGCCCUGACAGAGCAGGCUCCAAUGAAGAAUCCUUUGUAACUAGUGAAACGACCCGAGCGGACAUUGUGGGCCUGAUGCCGUACACUUACUAUUACAUAGAGGUACAGGCCAUAGCCGGAACCAGGACAAGCAAGUUCAGCAAAUCCAUUCUGGAGCGUACACAAGAGGAUGUGCCGACUGUUCCCCGGAACAUCAAGGUCAGUCUGGAACAUGGCGGGGCCUUAGUCCAGUGGGACAGUCCAGACUUUCCCAACGGGAAUAUCACCACCUAUAUAGUUCGAUAUGGCCUUCAGACACUAACCAGCAGCUGGAAAUCCUUCAGGAUCAAUGGUUCCCGAACGAUGGUUCUGAUUGACAAUCUGAAGCCAGGGCUCUACGUUGUGGAAGUGACGGCAUGCACGAGUGCCGGGCAAGGUCCGAGGUCCAAAAACACCAUCCACAUCCUAGGCGCAGGAGAGCAGGUCACAGCCAAGCCUGCCGGGAAUACGUCUCACCCUCAACAGCUGGGCAUUAUUCUGGGGAUCACGAUCGGUGUUGUGUGUAUUAUCAUCUGUAUCCUCAUCAUCCUGCUCCGAAACAAGUGCUUCAAUAACCCUCCGCCUGGACACCCACAUGUACAGGCGGUCCGUUUCCACGGCAAUGGACACGUGCCACGACAUGGUAACGGCCACGCUGUUCCUGUGUCGGACCGGGAGAUGGAUCCCUAUACUCCGAUGCUGGACGGACACUACGAAAAUCACCUGCUAGAUUCAAAGGGAUGUGGCAGUGGAAACAUCAUUGUGACUCCCAACGGCACCAGGGUGAACGGUUACGUGCCGUUCUCCAACGGAUUACGGAAUGGACAUUUACACAACGGUCAUGUGACGACAGUCAUCGGUUUCGCGAACGCCAAUCAGCAGGAGGAAACCCGUGGAUUGAUUGCGGCCAUGCUUGCCAACGACGGGAAUACUGUGACUGAUGAUCUGAGUCACUUGUACAAGACGAGCAGCCCCGACAAGACAUCACUUGACGACAUCGAUAAAAGCAUUAGUGGCACAGACUCGGACCAGAACACCUCCACCGGAUCAGCUGAACUACCUCCAAUUGCAUGUUGUCUUGACGACGGGACAACAGCAUGUUGCCAUGAUGAUGAUAGUGGUUGUCACGGUGACAACAGCAGUUGCCCGCUGGUUGGGACGUAUCCUCACGAAGAGGAGGAUGAGGAUGUUGCACAGAUGCGACCUCCACUGGAGGUCGACACACAACAGGGGGUUCGUCCUCCCGACCCGCAACGCUCAGCUCAGUGUGCAGCUACAGAUCCAGAUCACCUAUUGGAUGAAGAGGGGCGUGUCUGCAGUGCAGGACGCGCCCCUCGUGCGCAGCUACCUCCACGGGCGAUGCCCACAACCUCCGUUUUCUCAGACGGGGAAGAUAACAGAAACCACUCCUCUACCUCAGUGAGCCCCAAGCGUCUUGCGACUUCUACCUCAGCUAGAGCAGGCGCGGGGGAUAUUGACAAUAUGCGUGCCCCUGCGACAGGGGUUGGGGCCCCCUCACAGGCCCCUCAGGGGACACCUACCUCAGGGAAAGGCAGUCCUGUUGUGACGCCUACCGAUGAGAAUACCUCUUCAAUUCAACAACCUAACAACCUCGCACCAUCGGCGGCGGUGACCAUCGUACGGGGAAACGACAAUCAGUCACGUCCGUCGCGCGUCCAGGGCAGUACGUCCUCCAGCCCUCGUGUCCCUGGGGGCAGGGGGUCGUACCAGCAGCCUCCCCCACCCCCUUACCCUGGUCCCCGGGACCUAGCAAUGCAUCGUAUACCUCAGGAUUCACUCAGGCGAGACCACAAUUCGGUGGCAGCAAGGCGACAGUUUCAGGAUGUUGCCGUCUAAGUGUUAUGAUCCGCAUACUAGAAAGGGAAAAAUAUUUGUGAUUUUUUUUCUUAGUGUUCAAGACAAACUUUAUGGAAAUAUGGGUUUUAAGAAACUAACUUACAAAAUGUUGUUUUUGUACGGAGAGCUGCUGUAAUGAAAUCAGAUGGAACAAGACAAUGUGAAAGUUUGAUUCGGGAAAGAUCCCAAGGUCAUUGAGAAGCAGGUAGAAUAUUUGAUGGAGGGAUCAAAUAUUCCAAGGUAGAUAACUCAAGUUGGGAUUUAUUCAAUAGGUGGAGCGAUGUCACUAGGGAAAUCUUACCGAAUCCAUUGAACCAUCUUGAUGUAAUCACGACUGGUAAAGACUUUUAAGACCACAGUCAUGUGAGAACACGUUAAUCUGCAGCUCCUUGUAAUGAAAACAAAAACAAAUUUGAUAUUCGGAAAAAUGCGGGUACUUCAGUUUCCUCCAAAUAUGUUUAUGCUCUUAUUUACACUGUUAUUGCUAUGGUUACGGUAGAAUGUGGACGUCAUUACCAAAACCAAACUUUUUAUUCAAGAUUACCUCUUUUUAAAGUGAAUGGCGUUGUUUAUAUAUAUCUAUAUAUAUAUAUAUGUAUCAUCUCGGUGAAAUGUUUUUUGUGCAUGAACAGGCAGAGACUGCUGACAUACUUCAUUAUCGUGACGGUUUCCAUGGUAAUGCCAUUUUAAAACAAAUGAACUAUAUUAUGAAUUGAUUAUAUAUGUACAUAUAUGUAGCUCAGGGUAGGAGGGAAGGACGUGGUGCUGUGGAGAAGGCUACACCCUUGGGGGCGGGGGUCAAGGUCGGUGGAUGUGCCUCCAAGGUCAACUUUGGGUGGAUACAAAUGCUGUGCAAGCACCACCUACAGUGCAAAAAGAGUCAGGAACAAUCAAAAUUGUUUUCCACGCUGCACAACAACGUGGAAUAAUGCUGAUUCUCCACUGGGAGAAGUGAGAAAACUUUUCGGAAGCCUCGCCCACAGCGAAGUGGCUGGAUGUACUGAAUAGGCCCCGCCUACAGUGGAGGCAGGAUGUGUCAAAUAGGCCCCGCCUACAGUGGAGGCAGGAUGUGUCAAAUAGGCCCGCCUACAGUGGAGGCAGGAUGUGUCAAAAAGGCCCCUCCCACAAUGGGAGUGGUAUGUGUGAUUUCGGCCCCGCCUUCAGGGGUGCUGCCAAUAAGGAAAGAAAGGGUAUGUUUUUUCCAUGCUCCGAGAUAUAAGUACUGUUUGCUGUUUAGGCAAAAAGUACGGGAUUGGAGUGUUCUCCAGUGAUUGGUUGCCAAAAUUAUGGAAUGUUCUAGCAGAAUUACGGGAACCAACAGGAAACUUGCUGACAGGAUCAUUUGCUGUAGAUUAUAAAUGUAAAAUUUACAGAGGAAUUUAAAUCAUCAACCCAAGUAUGCACAAGACUUGACCGACAACAGCUGACUUUCACAGAGCUGUUGCGAGAACGGAAUAUUUACGGCGAGAUUACAACAGGAAAGAAAUAAUCACUACUGGUGUUUUUUAAACGACAUGAAGCAGAUUCUGAUGGAAGAAAGAGUUCAGAAAGAAGGGGAACAACUGUUACUUUUACUGGCAACCCCUAGAUACAAUAUUAUUUAUUGUCUUUUUUAUGUCCUUGUAUAUCAAACAUGAGACGUAAUACAUUCUGUACUUGGUACCUCCUCUACUGCGAUGUUAUCACACAGACCAGAUUUAGAUCUAUGCCAACUUUGAUUGGUGGCAUCUUGUGAUCCCUAGAACAACAUCUUAUUACGUUUGUAUUAAUUGAUAAUUUUGAGUUUCGGCUAUUUGGCGACUUGUGGAAGAUUCUAAUUUUCAAGAUAUUAAAAGCAAUGCUUUCACAAUUUUGAUAAGUUUCAGAAAAUUUGGAUAAGUAACCGGUAAAUGGAUAAUGAGCAGAAAUUAAAUCUGGUCUGGAGCUGUACUCCCCUGCAAACUACAAUAGACUCAACCUGUCUACUGAAGUUUAAGGGAGGUAACUGUAGAGGAGCAAAAAACAAAAACAUUACGGUGGAAUUAUACAAAAAACAAUCUUGAUGAUUUUUAAAUAUUUCUUUAUAAGAUGUUUAUUAUGUACCUAAUAGUGCUAUUUAUUUCAUUGA